AUGUCAAACUUUUUUAGAGAUAGUUCAAUGGGAUUCAAGCCUCGACCAAACAUCUUCGCUAAGCUGAGAGUCAGAGAUGUAGAUUCAGAUUCUUCCGCUAAUACUGUUGUCGAGAAUUCAUCCAACUGUUUAGACGUGGGUUCUUCUAUAGAGGGAGAUGAUACCUUCAAAAAACCCCACAAAACUUCUACCGAACAAGAACUGAUUACAAGUAUGAGCCUUAGUCAGAGAAACCAUGGUUAUUCUGAUGAUAUGGAAAUAGGUUCACCAAAAAAAACAACAUCAACAGACCAAUACAACAGAAUUUUAAAAAAUGAUGUUGCCGCAAUUGAAAAUGAUACUGAUGAAGAUUUUGAAAUUACAGAAGUAAGAGAAGUGAGUGAAGGAGUAGCAAAAGAAACGAAAGAAAGUCAUGGGGAUCCUAACGAUUCUGAGACAACUCUCAAGGAUAGUAAAAUGCAUGAAUAUACUAUGACAAAUGGAAAGGCUCCUUUGCACACGUCCAUCAAUAAUUCUAGUACAUCUUCAAAUGAUGUCCUGUUAGAAGCCUUCACAAACACUCAAAGAAUAUGUUCAAAUUUAAAGCAAGAGCUACAAAAGCAGCAACAGGAUAAUGCAAAGUUGAAAGUUCGACUACAGUCGUAUGCUUCCAAUUCUGAUAAGAUCAAUGAAAAAGUCGGAAAAUAUAAAUCUUGUUUAGAAACUCUUCAAGAAAGGAUUGCAACGUUGACGAGCCAUAAGAAUAAUCAAGAAACUAAAUUGAAAGAUUUAAGACAAAACCACCAACUAUAUCAGAGAAGGAUAAGCGGAUUUAAGACAAGUAUUGAAAACUUGAACAAAACAAUAAAUGAUUUAGGGAAGAACAAAAAGGAGGCGGAUGCAGAAUUAAUGAAAAAAGGUAAAGAGAUUGAAUACCUGAAAAGAGAACUAGAUGAUUGUUCAGGUCAGUUGAGCGAAGAAAAAAUCAAAAACAGUUCCUUAAUACAGGAAAUGGGAAAAAAUAGAGAAGAAAUGAUUAAAUCAAUUGAGAAUUUCUUUUCAGAAGAUAAAGCACACCAUUUACUGCAAUUUAACAAAUUCGAAGAAAGAGUUCAUGAUUUGUUUGAAAAAAAAUUACAAAAGCACUUCGAUGUGGCAAAAGAUACCCUUAACGUAGGCUUGAGGAACACCACUGUAGAGUUGAGUAGUAAUACAGAGACCAUGCUAAAGCAGCAAUAUGAAGAUAUCAAAGAAAAUCUUGAACAAAAAAUGUCAUCCAGUAAGGAUGAAAUGGCAAAAACAAUAAAUGAGCUGAGUGUAACGCAAAAAGGACUUAUAAUGGGAGUACAAGAAGAACUAUUAACGUCAUCAGGGAAUAUUCAAACUGCUUUGGUAAGUGAAAUGAAUAACACAAGGCAAGAGCUUCUUGAUGAUGCGUCUCAAACAGCCAAAAAUUACGCGAGUUUGGAAAACUUGGUGAAGGCAUAUAAGGCAGAAAUAGUUCAGUCGAAUGAGUAUGAAGAAAGGAUAAAACAUUUGGAGAGUGAAAGGUCAACUUUGUCUUCACAAAAAAAUCAGAUUAUUAGCUCUCUUGGUACUAAAGAAGCACAAUAUGAAGAUUUGGUCAAAAAGUUGGAGGCGAAGAAUAUCGAAAUUUCACAAAUUUCUGGCAAAGAACAAAGUUUAACUGAAAAAAAUGAAAACCUUUCUAAUGAACUGAAAAAAGUCCAGGAUCAACUAGAAAAACUCAACAAUUUGAACAUCACAACAAAAUCAAAUUACGAAAAUAAAAUAUCUUCUCAGAAUGAAAUUGUGAAGGCUUUAGUUUCCGAAAACGACACUCUGAAGCAAAGAAUUCAACAGCUAGUAGAAAUCAAAGAAAAUGAACAGAAGGAUCAUACAACCAAACUGGAGGCUUUCCAAAAGAACAAUGAGCAGCUACAAAAGCUAAACGUCGAAGUAGUACAACUGAAGGCUCAUGAAUUGGAGCUUGAAGAGCAGAAUAGGCACUUAAAAAAUUGUUUAGAAAAAAAGGAAACUGGUGUUGAAGAAUCACUAAGCGAUGUAAAAACCCUAAAACAGCAAGUGAUAGUUCUGAAAUCGGAGAAGCAAGAUAUAACAGCUGAAAAGUUAGAACUUCAAGAUAACCUCGAAAGUUUGGAAGAAGUCACCAAAAAUUUACAGCAAAAGGUGCAAUCGCAAAAGAGGGAAUUAGAACAGAAGAUUAAAGAGCUAGAAGAGAUAAAAAACCAUAAACGGAACGAGCCUAGUAAAAAAGGUACACAAAAUUUUACUAAACCAUCAGAUUCACCCAAAAAAAAUGCUACGACGUCCAACUUAUUUCCUAAUAACUCUGCUGCCAUUCACUCUCCUAUGAAAAAGUGUCCUAAGGUGGAUCAUAUAAGUAAGUCAAGAAUUAAUUCAUCCAAAGAAACAUCCAAAUUUAACGAUGAGUUCGAUCUUUCUUCAUCAUCAAAUGACGACCUAGAGUUAACCAACCCUUCCCCAAUCCAAAUUAAACCAGUGAGAGGAAAAAUCAAGAAGGGUUCAAAUUGCAUGAAACCUCCAAUUUCUUCAAGAAAAAAAUUACUACUAGUAGAAGACGAAGACCAGUCAUUAAAAAUAAGCAAGAAAAGGAGAAGGAAAUAG